GUGUUUUUUUAAGAAUCUGCUGCAAAAAUGUCGGUCUGUCUCAUGUGUUUAAACUGAACAUUUAUGACCUGAACUUCAUUUAUAAGUCAGAAAAGAGGAAAAUGACAAUAGGUCCCAUCAAAUGAAUUACCAUGCAUCAUGUUAACAUCAAAGGAGCAAUGUAAACAAGAGAUUAUAAAUGCACUUGAAAUAAUUCCAUGCCUUGAUUGUUCCCGUCUCUUUCGCAAUAAGUGCAGAGGUGUGACGGAACGCUCGCUUUAUGGUGGUUUGUUGCAGUUGCAUGCUGGGAAAACUUAAAGUCCAGCUGUUAGGAAAGAGAAGUCGAAGUUGACUGCAGCCGGUUAGCUUUGGGAUCAGAGGCACUAAGAUGUGGAUUGGACCGAGCACGACCUCUGCCUUCAUCUUGGCCUUGAUUCUGCAUUUGGCUGCAUGUCAUCCAUGUUUGAGCCCUGAAAGAAGAUGUGACUUUGUGUGUGACUGUUCUGACUGUGACGAUGAGCAGGAUUGUGGAUAUGGAAAGGGGUUUGCAUGUGACUUUGAUGCUGGAUUGUGCGGCUGGACGGACCAGUCCUUGAAUGCAGCAUACAAGUGGGAGAGGCGGCAGAGAGGCGACACGCUGCCUGACAGCGGGCCGUCCUCGGACUUCACCACCGGGACUGCCUCAGGUUGGUUUACGGGUGUGACUGCGGUGAAGUCAUCAAGUGCCAGCACCGCUGUCCUCGAGUCACCUCCGAUGCAACAGUCAUCACCAACAUGUCGUCUCAGGCUCAAAUAUUUCAUGUGGGAUUCAGGUCAUACGGGAUUUGGCUCUUCUCCACUGUGGGUGUCUGUCCUGCACCAAAACUCUCAAAAGGCCACCGUGUGGCGUCCUGAAGCCACCAGCGUCCGCGGGUGGAGGGAGGCCACCAUCUAUCUGGGUCGCAUUGCCACGACGUUCAGGAUCCGGCUUCACUCAGACCGCUCUGAGGGCCGCAGAGGAGAUGUUGCUGUGGACCAGCUGGAGUUCCUGGACUGUGCUUUACCCGUGCCACUCCCUGGGAUGGAGUGUCCAGAUGGAAUGCUGCAGUGUCGGCGUGAGGGCUGUGUAGACACACAGCAGGUGUGUGACGGCACCGACGACUGUGGUGACGGCACUGAUGAGGAAAACUGCGAGGGUUAUCACCGCUGUGACUUUGAGAAAGACCUAUGUGGUUGGGACCUGCGGUCCUUGUCCAAACUGAAAUGGGUGCGGACGAGCCAGGAAGACAUCUCAAUCUCAGAUCCUCUGAGAGGACCAGGACGGGAUCACUCUCACAACAGUGCAUCAGGUCACUUCCUGUACGUCACUGUUCCUGACGGCGAGCUCUUGCAGGAUUGGGCAGCGUUCCAAAGCCCUCGUCUGCAGCCCACCGAUAAUACUCAUCCUUGCAAGAUGAUCAUGUACACUCACCAGUUUGGCCCGAGGUCUGGUGGGCUGACGGUGCUGGUGGCAGACAAGAGCAUCACCCCAGUGUGGGAGCGGGGCGGAGCUCUGGGUGAUGUCUGGGUGAAAGCGGAGGUGGAAAUAGUCAAUAACUCGACUUUUCAAAUUCUUGUCAUGGCAGCCGUCAGGGAGUUGGCAUAUGGAGGUAUCGCCAUCGACAGCAUGGUGUUGUCGCCGGAAUGCCGCCGAUCAAACGAAAGUGUUACUUUGGAAAAAUUCCCGAGACCUCCCAAAGACGACUGCACCGCGGCGGAAAAGAUGUGCGACUUUCACCCCGACUGUGAGGGAGCGGCGGAUGAAGCCCAGUGUGGGGAUUUCUCGUACAGUAAAGGCAGCUCAGCUUGGACAGAUACCAGCAUCGGGAGUCAAAGUUGGGUACUUCACAAGAAUUCCACUGCAAAAGAGGAAUACUUGUACGUGGCCAAGGCCCCAGGCCAGCAACUGACUGAGGCCCAGACGCGGACUCCCGUCCUGGGCCCCUCUGGCCCGACUUGUACCCUACGUUUUGAUUUUGCACUCACGGGCAAUCCGGCUCACAUAGGUGAACUGUCUGUCAGGGUGAUUGACAGCAUUUUGGGAGCGCAGCCAAAACUGUGGGAGUUCAGCGGAAAGACUGGAAAAGGGGAGGUGGAGUGGCAACAUGCAGAAGUGGCCGUUGGAGCCAGAAACCAGCGUUUUCAGUUAGCAUUUGAAUCCCGCGCAGAGAAACUGUGUCCUUCCGCCAAGAUUAAAGUCCAAAACGUCCACUUCACUGGUUGCCAUGCAAAUUAUUUUCCGUCUACUUCAACAGUACUGUCAUGUAACUUUGAGGAUGGACUAUGUGGAUGGCACCAGGACAACAGUGACAACUUUGACUGGACACUGCUGGAUGGGAUGGACCACACCACCGGGUUUGGUAAAAGUCUGGUGGUGGACAUGUGGAGUUCCUCCCUGCGUGGUGCAUUAGGACGUUUACUGUCACUUCCACUUUUACCAGGUAGAACGGACCAAUGCCUGACCUUUUUCUACAAAAUCUACGGCCCCAACACAGGUACACUGAAUGUCAAAUUGUUUGACAAGCAUGGUUAUGAGGAGGUGCUGUGGACCCGCAGUGGAGCACACGGAAACAUGUGGCAUGAAGCCCACUGCCCAGUACCACACCAGCUCAUAACAUAUCAGUUGACGUUUGAGGCAGUCCGCGCCGGUUUUGAUGGUCGGGUGGCCAUCGAUGACGUGGCAUUGUUGGCCCAACCGUGCACCGUGCCAAGAGUGUGUUCCUUCGAGGGUCAGAGGUGUGGCUACAAAAGCUACGGUCAGGUUUACUGGCUCCAUCGGAAUGGACUCGCUGCAAAUGUGACCGGACCCAAAACUGAUCACAGUCUGGAAACAGAACUGGGAUUUUACAUGAUGGUUAGCACCGGGAGACGCUUCCUACCCACUGGUGGCGCAGCAACACUUAUGUCGCCUCUCCGCCAGGGAACAGCUAAAACAGAGUGUGUGCAUUUCUGGUACCACAUGGCAGGAGAGAAUCCCGGUGCUCUGUCAGUGUAUAUGAAGCCAGUGAGCGGUGAGAGGGUGAAGAUCUUCACGGAUAGUCUGAACCAGGGAGAUGUGUGGCGCCGUGGCAGUGGAAACAUAUCACCUAAUCUCGUGGACUGGCAGCUGCAGUUUGAGGUGAUUGGAAGAGGAGGCGAAGACACUCAUGUUGCCAUUGAUGAUAUUUUCCUUUCUGCUCAUCCUUGUGAAAAUAAAGGUUCCAAGUGCAGUCUGGAGAGAGGACUGUGUGGCUGGAGCAACACUCAGAACAGCAAACGGGACAAACUGGAUUGGGAAGUGACGAGUCAAGAAACAGAAAGUCACUACACUACCCCACUGGGAGAUCAUACCCUUGGAACCGAGAAAGGUCACUUCCUGUUCCUGUCAAGUAGCAACCGGACAGCAGCCUAUCAGAAUGCUCAGCUGCUCAGCCCGCACCUGCCCCCAACUAAAGGCACUUGCCUGAAAUUCUGGGCCUACAAACCGUACUCAUCAGACAGCCAGCUGAAGGUGUGGACAUUGUCCAAAGGUCUUCUCAAGGAGCUGCUGGAGGUGAAAGAGCUCGGAGGACCGUGGCGACGCGUGGACAUUGACAUCAUUUCCACGGACGAGUACCAGAUUGUCUUAGAGGGAAUCAAAGGUGUGUCCGGGGUCCUGGCUCUGGAUGACAUUGAAUACACCGUCGGGAUCAACUGUGCUAAAAAAGUCACUGAUGUCCAGACAACGCCGAGGAAGCCUGACAAUGCAGGAGGGAUCGCAGCCUCGGUCCUGGUGGUCCUGCUGUUGAUUGGCACUCUGGUGGGGCUCCUUAUUUUCUACCUGCAUGUUCAGAGGAGGGCCACGCUUUUGAGCAACCCUUCAGCUGUCGACGGUUUCAGUAACGACACCUACGACCCCAGCGUCACAGAGAACCACGUCAGAAUUCCCCCUGCACAAAACCACACGAUGGCCGCCGGUAUCAACGUCUUCUCUGCCUCUGCUGGUGUCAGAGAGAGGGAGGUGGCGUGAAACAGGAGGAAAAGGCGCCACUGCAAAAGUGGCCUGGUGAAAUUUAGGCGAUAUCACAGCAGAAGAACUGCUUGUGUCGACCUUGCAUCAAACAUACACACACUCACUAACACUAAUACACACAUACAGUAUCCACACUGAUAAGGGUCUAAUCAGGGCACCGUACGGUAUGGCGAUGUCCUCAAGGCGGUCCAGCUUGUUUCCCGUGGACGGAUGGCGGCUGAAAGCCGGAGGACAACAUUUGGUUGGUCGACAUUUGUCUGACAUGCUAGCUCUGUUAAAGCAGCACACACUUUCAGACAUUUACAGUGCAUUGUGGGUAGGCGCUAAUUAAAGUUGCAUUGUGGAGCUUGAUUGAUUAAGAAUUUAUCAAUUCUGUCUUAAAUAAAUGGCCGCGAGGCAUGAAGAAGGAUGACAAUAAUAUAUAAUUAUUGAAGAAUACAUUAAAUUCAUGAGCAUUGAAA